AUGUAUCCUGAGAAGAACAAAGGCGAUUCAGCUGCCUCCGCUGCCGGGCGAGCGUAUGAGCUUGUACGCUUGACGCGCCUGCAUAAAUUCCCAUUUGGUAGCUUGUUGGUCUUCUGGCCUUACGGAUGGGGGUUAGCUAUGGCCGCUUGCAACUUACACAGCCCCAGAUAUAUCGUGUUCAAGCAUGCAGUGAUAUUCAUGCUCGUGGCAACCCUCUAUCACAGUGCGUUCUGCAUUUGGAAUGAUAUGUGCGACAGAGAUCUAGACGGUCGAGUUGAUCGACCUCUCGUCACUGGCACUGUAUCGGUUAUCGAGGCCUUUGUGUUAUUUCUGGCCCUGCUAGCACUAACAUUUGUCGCUAUUUCCUAUACCAAUCGGAUGGCGUUCUGGUACAUGGUAUCUUCUUUGCCGUUGGGUUUUCUCUAUCCGCAGAUGAAACAUUGGACGUGGUGGCCGCAAUUCUGGUUAGGCGUAGGCGGUAGCUGGGGGUGCAUUGUCGCAUGGGCAUCUCUAGCAGGCAGUGAAUUCACACCUCUAACGAUCCUUCUGCUUCAGGUCUUGACGGCGAGUACAAUAUCGUGGAUUAUCAUGCUGGACACCAUGUACGGAGCUCAAAACAGGGACGAUGACAUGAAAGUGGGGAUUAAAUUGACGGCACGCCUUUUCGGCCCACAUAUCUGGGGGAUCACCGCUGUUUUUGGGGCUGCCUUUGUCGCGCUUUCUGUGCUCGCGGGUCUUCUCAACGGAAACGGUACCCUAUACUUUCUCAUUGGUUGCUGCGGGGUAUCACUCCACAUAUUUUGGCAACUCUUGAGUUGGAAUGCCGAGGUCGUGCAGUCGAGCUUGGUGGUCUUUGUGAGCAACCAUUAUAUGGGGCUAUUUCUAUUCACGGGCAUUCUGUUAGACUACUUGUCCACUUAG